AUGUUUUUCCUAUUCCUCACUCACUUUCUUCUGAUCGCGCUGCCAGUCCUCGCAGACAUUGACAGAAGUCAGUUUAUGGUGGGUAGCAUCUUCACAUCAGACAAAGAUGAGUCGGAAAUCGCAUUCCGAACAGCGGUGGACCGUGCAAACAUAUUGGAGCGGAACGUAGAGUUGGUUCCAAUUGUGGUGUAUGCUAACACCGAUGACAGUUUCAUCAUGGAAAAAAUGGUGUGCAAUUUAAUUUCGCAAGGAGUAAUCGCCAUUUUUGGACCCAGCACAGGCAGCAGUUCAGACAUAAUUGCCUCAAUAUGCGACACACUCGAUAUUCCGCACAUAGUAUAUGACUGGAUACCCAAUGAAUCCAUCCCAGAUCGAGAACACUCUACAAUGACCCUCAAUGUUCAUCCCGAUAACCUCUUGUUGUCCCAGGGGCUGGCGGAGAUUGUGCAGAGCUUUGCCUGGCGUAGCUUUACAGUUGUCUAUGAGACUGACAAGGAGCUUCAACAACUUCAGGAUAUUUUGCAAGUCGGUGAGCCCAGCAGCAAUCCAACCACAGUAAAACAACUGGGGCCGGAUGACGACCACCGGCCAUUUUUAAAGGAAAUCAAACUCUCCACCGAUAACUGCCUCAUCCUACAUUGUGCCCCCGACAAUCUAUUAAAAAUAUUGCAACAGGCAAAUGAGCUGAAAAUGUUGGGCGAGUAUCAGAGCGUUUUCAUACCGCUCCUAGACACCCAUUCCAUCGAUUUCGGUGAACUUUCCGGGGUCGAGGCCAACAUAACUACGGUUCGACUAAUGGAUCCAUCCGACUUUCACGUUAAAAAUGUAGUGCACGACUGGGAAGAACGCGAAAAACGGGAGGGACGCUACUUUAAAGUCGACCCAAAUAGAGUGAAGUCCCAAAUGAUUCUGCUCAAUGACGCCGUUUGGCUCUUUUCUAAAGGACUUACCGAACUCGGAAUCUUCGAGGAGCUCACCGCUCCCGAUCUAGAAUGUAGGCGAAAAAAACCGUGGCCAUUUGGUAAACGCAUUAUUGAGUUCAUAAAGGCGCGGUCCGAGGAGACUUCGACGGGACGAAUUGACUUUAAUGAGAAUGGACAAAGAAGCUUUUUCACCCUGCGUUUUAUGGAGUUAAACUCUGAUGGCUUUUUGGACUUAGCCACUUGGGAUCCAGUGAACGGAUUGGAUGUGCUUAAUGACGACGAAGAGAGCGAGAAGAGAGUUGGACAGAAGCUGUCGAACAAAACAUUUAUUGUGUCCUCACGCCUGGGAGCCCCAUUCCUUACGCUUCGAGAGCCCCAGGAAGGUGAAGUCCUGACGGGAAAUUCCCGUUACGAGGGAUACUCUAUAGACCUAAUCAACGAAAUUGCCAAAAUGCUGAACUUUAAGUUCGAAUUCCGAAUGUCCCCCGACGGCAAAUACGGCGCUCUAAAUAAGGUGACCCAGACCUGGGAUGGCAUAGUGAGGCAACUGAUUGAUGGGAAUGCUGACCUUGGAAUCUGCGAUUUGACAAUGACAUCAUCCCGACGUCAGGCAGUUGACUUUACACCUCCAUUCAUGACCCUAGGAAUCAGCAUACUGUUUUCGAAGCCUCCCACACCACCCACUGACUUGUUUUCGUUUUUAUCUCCAUUCUCCUUGGAUGUGUGGAUCUACAUGGGCUCCGCAUAUCUCUUCAUCUCCCUUCUUUUGUUUGCAUUGGCUCGCAUGGCGCCCGACGACUGGGAAAACCCUCAUCCUUGCAAGGAACCCGAAGAAGUGGAGAACAUAUGGUCGAUUAUGAACACUACAUGGCUCUCGAUAGGCUCAUUGAUGGGGCAAGGCUGUGACAUUUUACCGAAGGCUGCCUCAACCAGGUUGGUCACUGGAAUGUGGUGGUUCUUCGCACUAAUGAUGCUGAAUUCCUACACGGCUAAUCUGGCUGCCUUUCUAACCAAUUCUCGGCAGGCGAACUCCAUCAACAGUGCCGAGGAUCUGGCUGCUCAAAGUAAAAUUAAAUACGGGGCUAUGGCUGGUGGUUCCACAAUGGGGUUCUUUCGGGACUCAAACUUUAGCACUUACCAGAAGAUGUGGACCGCCAUGGAAAGCGCCAGUCCUUCAGUUUUCACAAAAACCAACGACGAGGGCGUCGAGAGGGUACAAAAAGGCAAGAAUCUAUACGCCUUUUUAAUGGAGUCUACCACAUUGGAGUACAAUGUGGAGCGCAAGUGCGACCUGGUGCAGAUCGGUGGCUGGCUAGACUACAAGAGCUAUGGCAUAGCAAUGCCCUUUAAUUCUCCGUAUCGCAAACAGAUCAGUGCGGCAGUGCUGAAGUUGGGCGAGCUUGGUCAGCUGGCGGAACUAAAGCGAAAGUGGUGGAAGGAGAUGCACGGCGGCGGGAACUGCGAAAAGAGCGACGAAGAUGGAGGAGACACGCCCGAGCUUGGAUUGGAAAACGUGGGUGGAGUCUUUCUGGUGCUGGGUCUCGGCUUGUUUGCAGCAAUGGUUCUAGGAUGUACGGAGUUUCUCUGGAACGUGAAAUCGGUAGCAAUUGAAGAAAAGAUCUCGCUUAAGGAGGCUUUUAAAUCAGAGGCUUUGUUUGCGGCUAGAAUAUGGAUAACCACUAAACCUGUACAUACAAGUUCUGGGUCUGGAAGCUCAACUUCGUCCAGUUCCUCGUCGAGCCGCUCCAAGCAUUCUUUCAAGUCGCAGGGAUUGUCAAUGAAAAGUCUUAAAAGCUCAGGAUAUCAGGACGUAGAAGCUUCAGUCCACAGCAAACUAAAGAAAAUCGGGUCCAUGUUCUCACUAAAGUCACAGAAGACAGUCACUCCACCUCCAGAGAUAGGCUGGAAACUGGACAAGUCAACACAAAUCGACGCUCUUCCAACUUCUGAUGGAGAUCUCGAAUUGAUACCAGAGGUAGAAACACGUCUACCACAUCGGCACCAUCAUCAUCAUCAUCAUCGCCAUCAUCAUCACCAUCAUCAACCCGAUCAGGAGCAUGAUGGGAAUCCCUCGCCUCCUGAGUAAUAAUUUUGUAAAAGAAUUUUACCCUCGGAUUAAGAAUUUUUUCAGAGCGUACUUUUGUUCUUAGAUACUUGAUGUAUAAAUUUAAAUUCGCUCAAUUAAGAAAUUCUUUUGUGUCGCCACCCAAUAUUGACAAAAUAAACGGUACCAAUUAAAAGCGGAA